UCAAGAUGGCGGCGCCCGCACUACGAGCCGGGCACCGCCGGGUGCUCGUCUUGAGCGCUCGCUUGUCCGGGUUUGCGGCUUUCGAGGGGCGGCGACAGAAGCACCAUGACCAGCCGCUGGAACCCCAGCCGAAGCCGGCCCCCUGUGCGGGGCUGCUGGCCGUUCAGCACGAGCGGGGCCUUUUCCAGGAGAUUUUCCCGCCGCAGGCCGCGGAGGAGCAGCUGGUGGAGCUCCUCCAGCCGGGCCGCCAGCCGGUGACGGUUUAUUGCGGCUUCGACCCAACGGCCGACUCCCUUCACGUGGGCCACUUGCUAACGGUCAUGGGGCUGCUGCAUUUCCAGCGCGCGGGCCACAACGUCAUCGCCCUGGUCGGGGGCGCCACCGGCCUCCUGGGCGACCCCAGCGGCCGCACCAAGGAGCGCGCGCCCCUGCCGGAGGAGAGCGCCCGUGAGAACGCGGAGGGGCUGCGCGAGGGGCUCCGGCGGCUCUUCGGCCACCACCGCGAGCUCUUCUGGGCCGCCGGGGUGCCCCUGGGCGAGUUCGCCCUCCUGGACAACGCCAGCUGGCUGGAGCGCCAGCCCGUGGUGGGCUUCCUGGGGGCUGUGGGGGGCCACCUGCGCAUGGGCACCUUGCUGAGCAGGCAGACCUGCAAGGCGCGCCUCAGCAGCCCCGAAGGCAUGGGCCUGGCCGAGUUCCUCUAUCCAGCCCUGCAGGCCUACGACUUCCUGCACUUGCACCGCCACUACGGCUGCCGCGUUCAGCUGGGAGGAGCGGACCAGAUGGGCAACAUCAUGUCAGGCUACGAGCUCGUUUCCAAGGUGACAGGCGAAGAUGUGUUUGGAAUAACUGUGCCUCUUAUUACAAGUACUACAGGAAACAAACUGGGGAAGUCUGCUGGAAAUGCAGUUUGGCUUAACAGAAAUAGGACUUCUCCCUUUGAACUGUAUCAGUUUUUUGUCAGACAGCCAGAUUCCAUGGUAAAAAGGUAUCUGCAGCUUUUCACUUUCCUCCCUCUUCCAGAAAUCAAUCACAUUAUGGAAAUGCAUGCUCAAGAACCUGAGAAGUGGGGACCCCAGAAGCGUCUUGCUGCUGAAGUAACUAAGCUUGUUCAUGGCAAGGAAGGUCUGGAGUCUGCUAAGAGAUGUACCAGGGCUCUUUAUUACACCAAUAUAGAUGCAUUGGAGUCUAUGUCUGAUGAGGAGUUACAGGAACUCUUCAGAGAAGCACCAUAUAUUGAAACGCUGUAUGAACCCGGAACAACAGUACUUGAACUGUGUCGGAAAGCCAGUGCAGUGGCAGAUGGGCCAAGGGGGCAUCUUGACAUAACAAGUGGUGGAGUUAGUAUAAACCACAUGAAGGUAACUAAUCCUGACGCCGUUCUUAUCGUCGGCCAACAUAUUCUCAGUAAUGGCUUAUCGCUGCUCAGGGUGGGAAAGAGAAACUACUAUAUUAUAAAAUGGCUUCAGUUGUUACAAGAGGAGACAUGCUAACCCCUUGAAGAAAACUGCAGCUUCUUCACAUCCUGAAAAUUUUCAGAACUUUCUGAAUUGAAACACAUCACAUAACUGGCUCUGGAACAGCUGUGCACAAGUGAUGCAAAUUGCCUCUUUCUCACAAUGUGAGACUGUUAGUUCUGUCAUUAAGAUGGGUGGUCUUGUGUUUUGUAUUCAGCCAUUACAGAAUUCAUUGUAAAUACUGGUAAAGAAAAAGCAAGCCUAUAAAAAGUUUCUAAUAAAUGCAACUCAAUAAUGAAAAUAACUUGAUUUCCUCAA